AUGGACGCGGAGAAGGCACCAGCAAUGGACAUCCCUUCGGCUUCCCCAACAGUAUCAGAAGGGACGACUGCACCACCUGCCCCUGCUCCUUCCAUCCCGCCCUUCUCUACUGGCAUCUUCGAUAAGACUCCAGCUGCCUCCGCAGCGUUCAAGAUAUAUCUGAAAGUCAUGGUUGGAGGUAUCUUCGCAUUAUCCUUGGUCAUAUUCGGAGCUUUCUUGAUCUACUGGGGCAGCUUGUGGACAACACCCAAGUAUCCUGUGAAAGGCUGGAUUGUGGACUUUGACAGCGGUUUCGUUGGGCAGAGUGUUCUGUCAGCGAUCAAUGCCAUCCCAUCUGGGCGGGGUAUUGCCUGGGAGCCUAUGCCUCCGUCGCAAUUUCCGGGAGGGGUCGCUGAUCUCGAGGAAGCUGUGAGGAAAGAAAAGAUGUUCUACGGGCUUGCCAUCAACGUUGGCGCAAUGGCUAACUACACAGCGGCUCUCUCAAACCCUACACCAACUUACGAUGGAUCCAACGCCCUCUGGUUCAUCGGCGCAGAGGCAAGGAACGAAAACCUGUAUCCUAUCCAUAUACAGAUCAUACUUCCUGAAUUGAAACCCCGCGGGGGACCUCCUGGGUACCCUUAG